AAAGACACAGAAACAAUGUAUGCCAUGAAAUACAUGAACAAACAACAAUGUAUUGAGCGGGAUGAAGUACGAAAUGUUUUUAGAGAAUUAGAGAUCCUCCAGGAAAUAGAACACGUUUUCUUAGUAAACCUUUGGUAUUCAUUCCAGGAUGAAGAAGACAUGUUUAUGGUUGUAGAUUUACUCUUGGGUGGAGAUCUUCGAUAUCAUCUACAGCAAAAUGUCCAGUUUACAGAGGAAACAGUUAAACUCUAUAUCUGUGAAAUGGCGUUAGCUUUAGAUUACUUAAGAAGUCAACAUAUAAUACAUAGAGAUGUGAAACCGGACAACAUUCUUCUAGACGAGCAAGGACAUGCCCAUCUAACAGAUUUUAAUGUUGCAACAAUAAUCAAAGACGGUGAAAGAGCAACAGCGUUAGCUGGAACCAAACCAUACAUGGCUCCUGAAAUUUUUCAGUCAUUUGUCAAUGGAGGAACUGGAUACUCUUUUGAGGUUGACUGGUGGUCACUAGGAAUAAUGGCAUACGAACUUCUCAGAGGAUGGAGACCGUAUGACAUCCAUUCAAACAACGCUGUUGAGUCUUUAGUCCAGUUAUUUAGUACUGUUACUGUCCAGUAUAUAUCUGUCUGGUCAAAAGACAUGAUUGCUUUACUGCGCAAGUUAUUGACUGUGAACCCUGAGCAUAGAUGCUCUUGCCUUGUGGACAUUCAGACUCCAGCUUAUUUAGCAGAUAUUGUGUGGGAUGAUAUACUUGAAAAGAAGGUGGAGCCAGGUUUUGUCCCAAACAAAGGCCGGUUACAUUGUGAUCCUACAUUUGAGCUUGAAGAGAUGAUAUUAGAGUCAAGACCACUGCAUAAAAAAAAGAAACGUCUUGCAAAAAACAAAUCCAGGGAUAAUAGCAAAGACGGCUCUCAAUCAGAAAAUGAAUAUCUACAGGAGUGUCUUGAUGCAAUUCAGCAAGAAUUUGUCAUUUUUAAUCGGGAAAAGCUGAAGAAAAUCCGAGAAGGAAGGGCAGGAUCGGUGUCCAAUCAGAAUUCAACAGAUGAAGCAGAAGGUGAUGCUGAAGUUGAAGCAGAACCUGGAGUUCAGGGAGAAGGAGAGGGUUCUACUAUCAGCAUGUGCGGAUCAGUCUGUUCAUCCACUGCCAGCAACAACUAAAGGCUGCAACACUUGUGAAAUAGAUCUGACCACGUUCUGGCUUAUG